GAAAUAGCCGGUCUCCUGCUUCAAGCCCUAAAGUAAGGCUUUUUAGGCUAUGUUUCUGUUAGCUGCCAAGAAAAGCCAUAAACUUCUCCCAAGGAACAAAACAAAACACACAUACACACACUCUUAACAGAUAAAAGUUUGAAAGGACCUCUCGUUUCUGCAAACAAUGCAUCAAUCCAACCCCUAUAGGUCCCAUUCCUAUAUUCCCUCUCUUGGGACUCGGGAAAAUUAAACAAAAAGUCCUCGUCCUUGACAUUAAAUUAAAUAUCUUUCCUUUCCGCCAGAGAGACAAAGAAAAGGAGAAGAAGAGUGAGUCUUUAUGGUAAGCCAAGAAAAUGAAGGUUAAGAAAAAAGGCAAAGUGCACCCACCUCCACCACCAUCAUCCAAAUCUCCAGAUAAAGAUCCCGACACAGUGUUAAAGCUACUGCCAGUGACUAUUCUAGCUUUAGCCCUCUCUCUUCCUAACCAAGAUCGUGAAGUUUUGGCUUACUUGAUAGCAAGGUCCAUUUUUAUCACCACCACAACAAACCCAUCUUCACUUGUCACUCAACAUCCUAAAAACAAAUGCCAAACCAAGACCGCCCCUACCACUGCCAACAAGAAUGGCAAAUAUCGUGGCCAGGAGGUUCCUCUUUUUCAAUGUGGAUGUUUUGAUUGCUACACUAGGUUUUGGUAUAGAUGGGACUCAUCUCCAAACAGAGAUUUUAUCCACCAAGUUAUUGAAGCAUUUGAUGAGCAUUUGGUGCAGACUAUUGAGUGUCCAAAGAAACACAAGAGACGCAAGAAGAAAGGUAAGGUCUUGAUGAUGAGCCAUUUUGAAUCUGAUAAUACACCUGAGAAAUCAGUGCCUGAAGCUGAAUGUGAAGUGAUGGUAGUGCAAGAAAAUCUUGAAAGUGGAGAGAUUGAGGUUGUGUCCGGAGAGGAGAUAGUGGGGUGUGGGGAGCUGACUGGGAACCUGGAAAUGGAGGUGAUGACAGUACAUUCUUCAGGGUACAAUAAUAACCACAAGGGCCUGGCUAGGAAGGUUUUACCGGCUAUAGUGGGUUUACUGAACUCUCGUUUAUGGGGUAAUCUAUGGAGGCGGGGCAUGUAAGAAGCAUAUAUAUGUUUUACUUUUAGUUUAGGGUUUAGGGAAAAAAUGUUGCUUUUGCAUGUUGGAAGCCUUUAAUGUUUUCUUGCAGCAACAGGGAGGGGUUAAUAUUUUGGGGAAAGUCUUUGAUUUUCGUAUGGCAUAUAGACAUGGUGAUGGAAGUGAAGAACAAUGGAUGAAUGUUGUGGCUUCGAUGGUCUAAUUAUUUUGCAUUAUUAAUUAGAGGGUAUGAUCACGUUGAUUUAGAGUACUGUCUUGAUUGUUUCCUGCUCAAUCCAAAGGCAAAUCUUUAGACUUUUGUUUGGUUGGUGCUUUAUAAUUAGUAACAGUGAUGUUUUUAAUUGUUGUGAUUUGUCAGACUUUGAUGACAAAAUCAAUGAAACCCAAGUAAGCAUAUCUCUCUGGGGAUAUGGAAUUUACACUC